AUGGCAGACAACCAGGAUGAUAUAUUCGUCAUAGAUAAAUGCGGUUCAUCAUUGGAUGACAAACAAACCGAUAUUACCUAUGAUUUUACGGAGUUAGAAGAGGAAUCUCUUACUACCAGCUCCCAAAACCAUAGGAGCCGAAAGCCUGUUUAUGGAAAGCGUUAUCACGAAGCGGACUUUGACAAUAAGUUUAGACCUGGAAGGAUAUCACGAGAACUACGAAAGGCACUAAAUCUGAGUAGUCAUGAUAUUCCAAUCCACAUUUAUCGUAUGAGAACGUUGGGGUAUCCUCCUGGCUGGCUGAAAAAAGCUGCUGUUGGUGGCUGUCUACUGAUGUUUGAUUCAGACAACUCGGACAGCUCAGCAUCUGAACGUAAAGUGUCGUACAACAGAAACGCUCUUAUUGGUUAUCCUGGAUUCAAUGUCGAGCUGGAUCGUUCAGUUAGGGAUGAUUAUUUAUAUUUAAAAUGUCCGCCGAUGCAAAAACAUCAUAUGCUGGAUAAUUUCUACGCUUCCUUGUCUUGUGAAUCGUCUAAGAAAUUCAGUAUUACAAGUACAAAUGGCAACCACUCACCCUGUGACAAAAAGAAAACAGUUGAUACUGUUAUAACACUUUCCGAUUCGGAGUCUGGUGAAACUAACUCAAAUAGCUCACAAACAGAAGAGACUCCAGAUGAAGUUGAAGAACUUCAUUCAAAUCCAGAUGUUUUGAUCGUUCAUGAGCCUGAACAAGGAACACCCACACCGCUCUGUCCCCUCACUACUAGAAAUGAUUCUGCUAAUGAAAUUACUGACCAGUCUUCAUUUUUAUCACCACAACCACCUAAACGUCCUUCUUUGGAAGCUUUCAGUAUGGGUAUACAACCUUAUAGACCAUUUGAAAAUCUUCCUGGUGUACAUGGUGGUUAUCAACGUGUACUCAACUCACUCAAGAAUUCACAUUUUUCAAACCUUUUAUUACUUUUAACUAAAUCUUGCCAAAUACAUUCUGUAGAUAUUACGAUAUUAUUCAAAUUAUAUGGUUUAAGGACACUCGGAUCUGAUAAAAUCUAUGUACACUGCACCCCCUGA